AUGGCGAAUCCGGAAACCCCACGACAAAAUCCCCGGAUUCCUUUCGAGCAGAAGGAUAUUUCCGAACCAUCGUUUCCAACAUCACCGACACCAAGACCAAGGCCAUUAAACACAAACCCCAGUUUCACACUCCAUAAUCCACCUCCCCAACCCUCUUCCUCAUCCUCCUCCACCCAAUCCUUACCAUCUUCACGCUCUUACUCUAGCGCUCCCAACAGCCCCACCCCUCCCUCGAAUCUCACCUCCAAAAUGCGCAAUCUAUGGAAUACCUCUCAUAGCAAAUCCUUCCUCUCGAAUCUGAACAUGGGUCUUGCGACGAACUUCCCCCUGAAGAAUUUAAACCUUCAUUCGAAGAAAAGUGUAUCUGUUGCGCGUGCGGAUGAAGGAGUUGGGAAUGGGACUGGGUCUGGGAGAGAUGAGUAUCGUGAUCAUAUCAUUCAUGCCGAUCAUACAAACUACUUCAAUCACUCAAAUCAGACGAAUGAUAUUUCAGCCGCAACUCCCAUCCCCAAAUUGUCUAGUCCCAAUGGUAAACCAGCAAAACCCUUGGCCUAUCGUGCUGUAGGAGAUAUAGAUACAAAUCCACUUUUUGGACCAUCGACACAACAUGCGGAAUAUCUUAUUUCGAGAGUAGAGGGGCAGUUUAUGGGCCCAGAUACGCCGCCGAUGGGAUCGCCUUUUGGAGAGGUAUUGGGUGGGGGUUUGUUGUUUGGGCUUGGGAGCGGGAGUGGGAGAUAUGGUGAUGAGCGGAUCAAGGGAGCUUAUGAGAAUGAGAAUGAGGGGGUUGAAGAUUUGAGAGGUACAGGGGAUAGAAAUCAGGGAGGUGUCAAGAGCAGAAGUGGAAGAGGAAGAGAGAAAAUGAUCCCAAAGAAGCAGAAUCAGAAGACCUGGAAAUCUAUACAUCAAUCUUGUAAGGAGAUGCUGGAUAGUAUGCAUCUUUCGAAAUGCGAUAGCGAGGUCACUAAAGCUACGGGACAGGAGAAUGGCAAUAGGCUUGUGGGAGCAGAGGAUUACAUGGGUAUAGUUAAUGAUGAAGAUGACGACGAGGGGGAUGAGACCGAAAACGAUAAUACGGAGAAGUACGAUAGAUUUGACGUAUUUACUGACGCGCACUCAGGUCCCAGCUGUGGUAAAUAUUGGGAAAAAGAUCAACAUCAUCAUAGAUUGAUUCAUACUGAGUCUCAGGACUCGAUGGUGGAGAUUUAUACUUCUUCGCCUAUUUCUACUUCUCCGUCUUCCUUUUCUUCUUCUUUUUCUCGUUUCGCGUCGAGGAGAAAACAGGGCCAGCAGAAGACGCAAGUGCAAAUGCAAAAUUUACUCGGCAAGCCGCAACCACAGGAAAAAUCCUCAACUGAGAUUGCUCCCGUGUUCUCAUCGAAUUCCUCUCUAGAGAAGAGAAGCGCAAUUGCAGCAAAUUCCAACCCAGACAACCGUCACGAUUCUUCCGACAAAGAUACAAACCUCGAAAGCCAAAACCAAGCGAAUCGAGAAACAGAUAUCGAAGAUACCCUCGAUGAAUUUAUUCUCACGCCCAGAAAACCCCUCCAAGAAAGUGAUUUCGCCUACAUGCACAUGCGACCCAAGCCCAGAACAAAUCCCGAUGCUACCACUGGAAAUCCACUCAGCACAAUGUCCGAAAAUGGAAAUGCAAAUGGGAAUAUAUAUCGAUAUCGCUAUCCCAACGACAGAGAAGAUGAUGAUAACGAAGACGCGAGAUCCUCGCUCGAUAUGGAAGAUUCUCUCUACGAUGAUGACGAGAAACCCACACCUAAAUUCAAAUUGCGAAUGCCGCGUGCGGAGGCGGAGUAUCCGGAUUUUGCGACUAUGAUGGAUAGGGAUAGAGAUACGAAUACGGAUACAUAUCCAUCUACUCCUACUCUACAAACACAAAUACAAACAGCAUACUCCUGGUCUCAGAAAUACGAGUUUGAUGCAGAUGCGGCACUGGAGGCUUCACUCCCUUCGUUGACUCGUCUUCAGUAUGAGUAUCAACUUCAAUGUUUGUCUGGAUCGCAAGGCUCGAUUUUAUCUUAA